GUGCGCACAUUGUGCGCAUGAACCGGAGUACGGCGACUACGACGAGAACUGACGAGAAGCCAGGCAGCGAGCCGAGCGAGCGAUCAGUGAAAGCAUUCGCAGCCUACUUCGCGGCUAGUCGACAGUGGACUACUCGACACUCGACAACACUCGACGAGUAAGGCAUCAUGGCGAUCGGUUAGGGUCGCAUCGCUCGAAAAAUUUACCGUGAUUUCGUAUAUAUGAUCUUGCGUAUCGUGAAUUAAUCGCAUCGAAUUUUCCGUCGGAUGGCCGCACAUCAUCGAUUUUUUGCAUAAUUAUAACCUCCAUAACCUCCAAACGCGUGUGACACAAUGGUGAAGCUGACCGAGGAGAUGGUCGUGGCACGCACGCGAGUGUCUGACUUUUCCGCCGUAAAGAAACUUAAUUGCUGGGGAACAGAAUUAACAGAUGUUACUAUCUUAAGAAAGAUGAAAAAUGUGGAAGUGUUGUCACUGAGCAUAAAUAAUAUUAAUACACUUGCUGAUUUUCAAUACUGCCACAAGCUACAAGAUUUAUUUAUAAGACGAAAUAACAUUAAAGAUUUAAAUGAAGUUUGUUACCUCCAAGGAUUACCUAAUUUACGAAAUUUGUGGCUCGGUGAAAAUCCAUGUGCAGAAAGGGAUGGAUAUCGAUUAGCUGUACUUCGAGCUUUGCCAAAUCUUGAGAAAUUAGACGAUAAAAUAGUAACACCUGAAGAAGUGCAAACUGCAAUGACAAUAGGUCGGCCUUUAAUACAUCCUCUUGAAAUAGAUGCUACACAAUCGGAAGUAGUAAGCCCAGAGGAUAUUACAAUUGAAUAUAUUGAAGAAACUGAAUUGGGACGAUCUAGGAGAUACAGUUUUUCUAGCGAUCAGAGAAGCUUUGAUGAAACACAACACACACAUGAAGAAUAUGACCCUGACAGAAGAAACGCAAAUUAUAAUGCGUCAUCGUCACAUCAUUACUCACAAAAUAAUCAAUAUGCAUACGAGCUACAAAAUGGACAAUCAAAGAGUCAGAGCAAAGAUGACACUCUGUGUGCAGAGUCACGCAACAACAGUGAGACUGUGGCUACUAACACUCUUGAAAUAUCCAAGGAUUACGAUGAACGUCCAGUAGUACAACGACAUAAUGGAGAUUAUGACGAAAGACGAGCUUAUUCUGAAUAUAGUGGAAAUGAAGUAUCUCAGCGUAUGUAUACACCAACGUCGCAACGUACGCAAUAUGCUGUCAGUGAAUUUGCAGAUGACAAACGUAAUGACAGAAAUAACUAUAGCUACGAUGAAAGAACAAGAUUAGAAUAUGAGGAUUCGCCACAAUCUCCUCAAAUGCCUCAAACAAGAAGGGUGGCGGCUCAUUCUAACGAAAAGGAAGACAUAAAUCAACAGGGUUGGGUAAGACAUUCUGAAAAAGACAAAUGCAGAAACCAAACACAAUUUCACUAUCAUAGACGGCCAGUGACGAGAAAUUCAAAUAUAUUGUCUGCUGUACUGUGCUUGGUUAAGGAAUUGGAUUAUCCAAGUCUGGAAGUGGUAGAAAUGGCUGUUAGAAAUCGAAUGGAUGAACUAGAAGAAUGAUGUUUCUGACACCGUCCCCAAAAUCCACAGGGGACGGUCGCUUUCUCCCACAUUGGCAGCAUGUCAUCUGUUCCCAGCCCAGAAUUCUCCGAUUCACUUGAUUCUACCAUAACUUUGGGCCAAUACGCUGAUAAAGAUGGGAAUUACAACAAUGACGAACAUCACAUGCUUGCCUAUCAUCAAUUACUUGAAGAAAAUAAUGAUAAAGGUCAAAUUCGACGUAACGAAUGUGCCGAAAGAGUUUGCUCAACACACAGCCCGAAAACAGUAUCGAUUGAUCCGAAUCCAAGAUUGCUCGGAAAUAAUCAGUCCGUGUAUAAAAUCAAAGAUUCUGUAUUGGACAAUUCACCAUCGAAGAAUCAAGAGAAAAAAAGUAAUAAUGUAAGACGCGUAGCGAGCAGUGACAGUAUUCCCCGUAGUAAUGAUAAUAAUGUCAUUUUGAGUCAGGGGUGUAGAGUUUUAAGCCAAGAUUGUGUCAGAAAAUCAAAAAGUCCUGAUGCUAGGAAUACAGUUACACCACUUCGUUAUAUUCAAUCGGCAAAAGGAACGUGGACAUAUAAUUUGUAAGUUAUACUGACAAUUUAACAAAAUCGUUCUUAAAAUAAUCUAAAUUUUCUGUAAAUACAAUUAAAAAUAAUCUUUUCGAUAAAAGCGAAAAAGAAAUAAAAAAGCUUAGUAAUGAAUACAAGACUCAAAAAUCGAAGAUUAGUCUCAUCAUAUUAUUUCGGAGGAAAAGUCUAUAAGUGCAUAUAAAAUUUACAAAUGAUUGUGAUAUAUCUGCAAGGACUGAAGAGACAAAUGUAAUUAUCUUCAUGUAUUAUGUGUACAUUUAAUAACAUGUUACAAUCGU